AACACACUUUUAAAUGCGUAACUAUAAACAAGAUCGACGGGUCCUGUAAUGCUUGGCCUGGGCCCGAGCAAGUUGACUUUGUGAACACAUUGGCCUGUCUCGAUCCCUAUUACGAUGUGCUGUGGUGUUACCAACCUCAGAUGCAAGUGAUAAAAUGCUAUAACAUAAUCGCUUUCGAUACGCAUAAACUCCAAUGGUGCGCCUCAAACGAUCCUGAAGCAUUUUCGGAUUCUGAAUCCAUUUAUCCGAACUACGGAUGUAUGAAACGUUUGGAGGAUUUCAGACACUUUGAUAGUUUUGAAUGGAUCAGUAACAAUGAGGAUCCUCCAGCUGAGAAUAUUGCGUUGUCAAACAUGUCUAUUUUGAACCAAGAAUUGGCGAUUCCUUGUACGCCUGGAUGUCAAGUCACUAGAAUACAUGCGGCGCUACAUUUGCUCGGAUGUCUGGAUUCUCUCACUUACGCUCAUGAGAACAAGCUGCCACUGGACGAAUGUAAACGUGAAAAUAACAUUGGUCCGGUAAUGCCAGUAGUGGAAGACUAUCUCACAGUAAACCGUUUUGAGAACCAUGGCGGUGCGUGGGGAUAUUCCGACAGUUCGAUUGAAGCCAUUCGCUUCAUGUGCGACAGCGAUGUCUUACUUGGUGGUGUAGGCCUUUACGGAGGUCGAGCGAAGUUUUCGGCCAAGAUCCGCCUUUACGACAUUGGUCCUGAUGGUGGCGAUCAAGAAUCGGACGGGGAGUUGGUUUAUGAAACUGACGAGACUUUGUACGAAUGUGGCCCCAAAGAGAAAUAUCCUUUGAUGUUCGAUACUACCGUAGUCAUAUUGGCAGGAAGAUGGUAUGUGGUUACGGCUGACAUCAAUGGGCCAUCAUCAGAUUGUGGUACAUCUGGGCAGGGUAUGGUCAUAAACGACGACAUUGGCUUUCAUUUCAAAACUUCCAAAAAGUCGAACAACGGCACUGAUGUCAAUUCCGGGCAAAUUCCGUGUCUGCUGUAUAACAUUAUGGGUUCAGAUCACACGAUGCCCAUAAAACACUUGGAUCCGGGAGAACCUGUGAUGGUCCUCAGCAAGAACAUGUCAAGGAAAGUUACUGUGCCAUGCUUCCGCUCCCUUCUAGGUCUCCUCCAUUGGAGUUGGAAGAAGUACAAGGAGAUCCUUUUGGACACGAAUGGUCAAAUACCCAUAAAUUUUCAAAAGCUUACUACUAUGAAGCAUCAAAAGAGAUUGGUAUACAUCAUCAGAUCUGGAUUAAGGCUUGUGAAAUCGUUUAUCAAGGAAAUAUAUCCUCAAAGUAUUAAGAAGAGAAAUGCCCCCGAUUAUAUGACCUAUUUUGAGUCUAUAGCGGAUGUUCGAAAUUAUAUUCAAAGCAUAAUAGCUGAAGACACUCCAUCGUGCGCUAUGCUCCCUCGGAGGCAAAAGCGCAGUAAGACUCAUAGAGUCUGCUACGUGCAGUUCGCUCUAGAGAUGACUAACUCUAUAUUACAAGAAGCUCACGAAACGUUCAAUGCUUGUUUCUACGCGUUCUUCCCGACGCCAAUACUCAAAUGGAACCACCUUUGCUACUUGCUGUACAAUGUUAAGGAUGGGUGCGUACCCACAAAUCAGUCUCGCGAGUUGACGGCAACGUGUGCAGCAAUGUGUCUGUCACAGAAUCUUCGCGAUGUCUUGCAGUACAUUGUCCCGUUGACUCACUCCCACACGAAGCUCCAAGAAAUGCGUCGUUCAGAAGCGAAGUCAAUACCGUGCAAAUCGGCAACGGUACCGCGAUCGUCGCAUGCCUCAAAACCACCGCCAGUACCGCCUCGAGCGAGGGACUCACAAAAGAUUCACGAUAACGGAGAGAAGUCGUCAUACUUGGAAUGGCAUUUGCUGGACGUAGUGCCAAGACUGUUGGAUGUAGCGCUGAACCCCAUCAAGCAACAGUUGGAGCAACGUCAGUGUGCCCCCGGUCACGACCACGGGGAGGUGAACACUCAGGAGAAGCUGGCGGUGCAUUGUUGCAAACUGACUGCGCGUUUUAUUGCUGAGAUGUCCAACAACGCGCUGGUGUCCAAGGACGAGACCGAUUCGAAGAUAAUUAAUAAGCAUUUGGUGACGGCGUCCCGUUUCAUGCGCGUGAACACAUCGCGCACGUGGUGUACGGGCAAUGGGAUCCCGGACGCGAUCUGUUUCUCGGUCAACCGCCCAGGAGUCGCCAUCGUCGGCGCUUGCGUGUUUCUCGGCUCAGGGACUUACAACUACACCAUUGAAUUGCUUUACGAUAUAAGAACGACAUCGGAGGACGUGAAUCCUUCGCAAAGUUGGGUGGCUGAAGAAAUCGCCGAAGGCACAGUCAACGGUUCAACUGCUCAACAUGAUAUGGUUCAAAUCAAGUUCAACAGACCUGUCCUACUAAAGGACGACGUCAGAUACGCAAUACGCGUGUGCUGUGAAGGAGCACGAACACCCAGCGGCGAUUGCGGGCUGCCGGCCGUCUCUGGACCCGACGGCACCGUUUUCCAGUUUUCAUCGUGCCCACUGAGCUUUAAUGGCACCACUCUAGCGCGGGGACAGCUUCCUUGUGUCAUUUACUACAGGACGAGCUUGGAUUACCUUGAAACCGUAGUUAGGGCAACAGCCAACUCCCAUGUGCGCAGCAGCGAUCGCCUCGAGGCGGAUAUAGUGAUGAUUCGCCAAACUGCGGUGGCCGUGGCGACCUUAGUCGCGGAGCAGGCUGCAAUGAUUCUAGCUACUUUGCGAGACCUUCCCAACGAUGAUUUGCGGAGAAUUGUGCCUACUUUGGCCUCAGCACCAGUUCUCAAUACGUUGCUGCCUUUUGCACUGGCUAACCUUGAAGGUCUUCAUGAUUCAAAGAGCAUGGUGUAUCUGCUCGAAAUGAUUCACAAAUUACUGCCACACGUAGCAGCGUUGAAUCUCAUGAUCUCGAGCAGUGAGGAGAUCAUUAACACCACGACGAGUAACUUUUACACCUGGUCCGAGAGUGAUCACCCGUACAAGCAGUCCACCGUCGUUAACAAAAGGGUUCUGUUCCCAUCGCAAGUGUCCUGGAUCGUACUAGAGAUGGAUCCCCGCAGCAUCACAGCGCAGCCAGAAGACACUCUUACUAUCUACGCAGUGGGCGGCGCACCAAAGCACCGCUGCCAUUGUCCUAAUGACACACGCAUGGCCGACCCUCCCUUCCGUAAGAGGUUAAUUCAACUUGACUCGGAGUCCGGCGAGGCUGAAGAGUUAGACGAGACGAUCACAGAUGCGCCAUGCAUGCAUUACAACUGUACAUACGUCAGUGUAACACCCAAGCUGUCCAACGUACACGAGGAUUGGCCGCAAAAAGCCCUGAUUAUACCUGGGAACGAAGUUAUCUUCUCACUGGACACAGCAUCGGACUAUUUACAUGAAUAUGACAAACCUAACAGCGAAGAGAGCCGCUUCGGCUACCGUUGUCUGUGCAUUGGAUACGAGGACGCAUCGCUAGCGUCCGCGCGCGCCGGCUGCGGCACAGGACUCAGCACUCUGGAAAUGGAGCUCGUGCACUUGGGCGCUGCCAGCGCCGCUCGCCUCCUAGCUCCGGACCUGGAUAUACCGCCUGUCACUAACACAACAAUCGCGGAGUUGCACGCACAAGCAAUGGCCGCCAGUGGUGGGUGCAAUGUCACCGCAGGCGACGUCGCUGUCGCCGCUGCUUCCAGCGAUGAACCUUACGUUGAUGAGAGUGAGACACUACUGCUGUCUCGGGGACUGGAACUGCCGUCGCCGCCCGCCAUUCACAACGUUAUAGACGGGCUUUCGCUGCUGCGAAGCAUAUCAACGGAGCGUCAAUUCCUGGCGGACUUUGUGGCUGGGGCGGAGUGUACGGCGGGAGGUCGACUGGCUCGGUGGCUGGCGCCGGCUUCACGGGUGGAGCCUUCGCGCUGCGAGAUCAAGGCACCACUGGAGUCUGCGAGACCUGCGAUGCGGAUGAGCCUGCCCAUCCUUAUUAGAGACCAAUAUGGAGAUUUGGUUAUCUCUCCAGCGCUCAAAGUUAAGGUCAUCGUUCAGAGAAUAGAGGACAGCGAGCAAGCCGCUAGCAACACGCGUGUGAUUGAACGACCUGUCAUUCCCAACACACCAUAUGAACCCACCGUGCGCGAGGAUAUGUGCUACCACGCCAUUACCAUGAUGAAGGCGUAUCAAAAUUUUUCGUUCGAGGAAAUCCGCCUAGCGUGGGGCAUUUGGGGCGGAGCUCCUGGCAGCGUGGAAGCGGUAGUCGGCGGCGAUCGUUUGCCCGCUGAACGCAUCGUAGUCGACGCGCAACGAGACGGCUCUUACGUGGCAGAGUGGGUGCCGCGGGCGCCGGGCUGCUACAUCUUCCGAUGCAUGUUAGACGACAACCCUGUUUCACAGGAUUUGAAAGUGGAGAUUGUAGAGAGUGGCAAUGAGGAUUCGACGGUAGAAAGAUGGCCGGGCACCGUUGCUUCCUACAGUAUCCGUCGCUUCACCGCUGAGGAUACUGCCGGUUUGCGACUCCGAAGCAGCCCCAACCUUCAGGCUGAGGAACUGGGUCGCGUGCCCAAUGGCGCUUACAUUGCAGUGGUUGAUGAGCUGGUGAACAAAGACGGGACUUGGGUGCGGUUAAGUGCAGAGUCCGCACAGACUUACGCCGAAGGCAGUGCAGGCGUAUCAUGGUGUCUGCAAUACCACGCACAUCUGGAUCGUACGCUGCUGGUCCCAGUGGACGAUGACGAUGCACAGGAAGAGUUUGCGGCAUCGUGGAGUGGAUGUAAUGAAGGUCAAUUCAGUGAGCUGCCUCAUUCGACCGACGAAGAGGCCGAUGCUGCCAGCAAUGAUCUGAGCGCUGAAGAUCGACGAUUCCCCUUUUCGAUACAGUGCGAUCUCGCUAAUGAGAGCGAUAGCAGCUCCAGUCAGUAUAUGUACGGUGAGCCAAGCAAACGUGCGCGAAUUUUGCGUAACGAGUCUAGUUCGAUGCCUACACCUAGACGCAUACCUCCACGCAGCAACGGCAACAGUGAUGAUUGGUGUCCCGUGAAACACCGUUCCAGUGACAACAUCCGAGACAUCGGAAACGAACAGGAGAAUGAAACCUUGGAGAUUCAAGAAGAGGCGAAACCAAGUCGUAUGGCGCAAACGGGCACUCAAACGUCGCCCGAGUCCCCCGACAAAGAAGAAGCAGCUAGAUCAUCAGAUGCGGCGAAGGAAGAAAAGGAAAGUCCUAAACGAGCGUCCCGCGAACGUUCAGGACGUUCACGCAGUCGACGCAGUCUGAAAUCACCGACGCCGCGCCCGUCGGCUCCGCGAAAGCACGCCCUCAGUCCUGCGCAGGCGGAAUGCUUACGUGCCGUGUUUACAGCAUUACUGUGGCACGAAGGCAUAGUACACGAUGCCAUCGCGUGUUCAGCGUUUUUGAAAUUUCACCCGGCGUUGCCAAAAGCAGGGGCACAGGUAGUGACCAGACCUCCCCACGAGGCCCCUCCGCCUCGACCGCAGCGACACUCUGUGGAAGUCUCCAACACAGGGCAAUAUCUCUACAUUCAUCCGUCGACUAUGGAAACGUUAACCCGUUCUGGCACUGAGGCGAGCACCAGUCGUGCGCGGAAGACCGAUAUCAACCUACCCAUUCGCGAAGAAGACGACUCAGCUUCGUCUACUUCUGUGGUAAACGUGUUGCCGCCCGCUCUGCGCGCUCUUGUGGCGGUGUGGGAUGCACUCAAUGAAGCCGACCAACUCAACACUGCCACUGACAAAUCCAAGAAAUUUGCUAUCGAGAAAAAUGAAAAUGAGGAUUCCAAGUUUGGUGUACGCAAAAAAGACAAACCUGGCAGAGGUUCCCGCAGUGUGAAAUGCGAGCUGUGCGACGGUGCCAAAGUACACCCUCCUCUAGCCGUGCACAUGCGGCAAGCUCAUCCCGGAUGCCGCGCUGCCACCAACUGGGGCUACGACCGCGCCGGGGCUUACAAACAGGCAGACCCACCGUCCGCCAAUGAAAACCUUGACCAGUGCGGACAAUUUGCGCAAGACCUUAUCGGUGUGAAAAUUCGAGCUACGUUAUCAGCGUACCAACUGUGGUACAUCUACUGCGAGAAGUGCCGGGAACGCGCGCUGAAGGCCACGUCGCGGAAGAAGAGAGCUUAUUCGGACGCCGAGAGACCUCCGGUUGCAGACCUUGUUAAGAGCGACUUAGACCACCUCUCGAUCAGGGAUAACGCCGUCUUCCUGCUUGACUUGUCACCUUUGACAAGCUCCGAACCAUCAGUAUUGGCUGGGUGGCACGACUUGGGAGGCCGAAGCCCGCCCACUCCGCCCGGCAGCGUGUGGCAACCCGCGCCGCCCUUCCAGUGCUUGACUACCUUGAAUUCAGCUAACAAGAAUAUGCCUCCUAUGUCGGACGCCGCCAGAUAUCAUUCUCUCGGUCGACCAAUGCCGUCUGCACAAAUGGAAGCUGGACCGUCAACAGCAGGAACUGUGGGCGGACAAUGGUCUCGAGUGCCGCGGUCUGUAUCUAUGGGACAAGCUGGCGGCCGAGACUUGGCCUACGCUGCUAGACCACCAUUCACUAGCGUCGCAGCAAAUUCACAGGAUACUCUAUCUGGUGUUGGAUCAUCUUUACUGGCUCAACCAAGCGCAGCGCUCCAAAAGCUUGUGGGCGUCAUGGAAAAUGACGGAUGCACGGUAUCGGCGUUCGAAGAGGCUCAUGUCGACCCUGAUACUCUGUUACGGAGUCCCGUGAUUGCUUUUAUUCUUGGCAAGCGUGAUCUACCUGCUUGCAGACAGAAAAUCGAUGCUGCCGUUAGGGUGAACACCAUCAGGCAAUACGCUUUUGAGUCGUUGAACUGGUUGCUACGCUCGACUACGCAGCCUACGAGUGUCCAUGACGUCAUGUGGUGGUUCUGCAACACCCUAGACAUGUAUGCGGGCAUUUUACCUGCGCCGCAGCCCAUUGAGGAUAAUAAGGAGAAUGCGGCCAACGAAUAUAAUCGCGGCGUCAGUGCAACGGCUUCAGCGGCAGCCAUUUGCCCCGGUGGGCUUGCUGCGAGGGGCUCACGGACCGCUUUCCACGCUUUCCUCGGCUCGAUCAGCGCACUGGCACCAUCGCUGCAGCCUGGCAGCGCGGUCGCGCUGCAAGCUAUGCGGUGUUGGGCGCUGAACUAUUCACAACAUGAUCGAGCUUUUCUACACAGAUCGCAAGUGUUCAGCGUCAUUAGUAAGAUCUUAUCGCACGCUGAAAAUGAAACCGUUCUUGGGGCAAUCCACGAGAGCUACCACAGUUAUUUAAACAAGCAUAAGAAUUAUGAAUGGACAUGUCCGGAUGUGACCGAGUGGUGUGAAGUGAGCGUAUCUUCGCGACCUGGCAUGGCGGGCGCGUUGACCGACGGCAGCACGGAGACCUUCUGGGAGUCGGGGGAGGAGGACCGCCAUCGUGCCAAGUGGCUGCAGCUCACGUACGCUGGCCCUUUGCAUCGCGAUAGGCCGCAGAUACUGUGCGUGCACGUCGAUAACACAAGAGACACUGGGAACAAGACACUGCUGAUGUCCUUUUCAUACAGCGGCGGUACAAGCGACAUGUCUCAUAUGCAAGACAUUGAAGUAGACCCUAAAGCAGCAACAUGGGUCUGCUACACUUUUCCGAGAUCGAACAGCGCGUCCGUUCGCGUUCGUUGCGAGUUCCGCGGGCCUGAGCCUACGGUGCGAGUACGUCAGCUGCGGGUACUUAGCGGGCCCGCAGCCUCGCCCGACACCAGCGACCCGCAUCCGCUCCACGUACUGGCUGAGAGAGACACGCUGAGCGUCUUUCGACUCCUUACCUCACAGGUGUUUGGAAAACUGCUCGAGUGGGAGAACAGCAUCAACGAGUCCGGCGAAGGCGCAGCUGCUGAAGAAGCGGUCGGUGAUGACAGCGACCUUCGCGAACACGUGGUCGGGAUCUUGUUCGCUGGGCACAAGCUCACCUCGCUGCAACAACAGGUGAUGGCCCACAUAGUGUGCGCCAUUGGCUGCGAGGCGAGCCGCGUGCGCGACGACUGGGAGACGACGCUCCUUUGUGCAGAAGCCAGCGCGCGCACCGGCCAGGAGCGCCCCAUACUUAUGUACCACGUGCCAGACAACUACUGCUUCGAGAUGCUCUCACUUUUGUUGGCGCUAAGCGGCAGCACUGUAGGACGCGCUCACCUCGCUCAGAGGACCGAGCUGCUGGGAGACUUGCUCGCGUUGCUUCACACUGGCAGCGAACGUGUACAAAGACAGGUUAUCUCCUUACUACGACGAAUGAUUGCUGAAGUGCCGCCGAAUAAGAUGUUAUCUGCUCUCAACUACGGUGGCGAAUCUGUACAAGAGACUCUGCUGGAUCACCUGGUGUGCUACGUCGGCAAGGCGGUGUCCGUGCAAGUGAAGGUGAAGGGGGCGGGCGCCAUAGGCUCGGGCACCGUGACUCUGGGGGGCAGCGUGGUCAUGGCGCACCCCGGCGAGCCCGCCGUGCCGUGGUUCAUGCGGGGCGAGACUACCAAGAAACACGCGGACCUCGUGGCCAAACUACUCACUGAUAUGGCUGAGGACAAAGUGUCGGAGUCGUGGGGCGCGGACACGCGCGCGGCGCUGACGCAGUACGUGCGCGCGGUGGCGCAGGUGAGCGAGAGCGAGCGCGCGCCGGAGCGCUGCAUCGCCUCGCCCGCGGUGUGGCUCGCGCUGGCCUCUCUCUGCGUGUGCGACCCUCACCACAUCGAACUUAUGAACAGGUCGAACGAUGCCCGCGAGGCCCGUGGGCGCGACUCCGCCGUGGAAGCGCGCUCCUUCUGCGCCAAUCACGACGACGGCUCGACGCUUGCGGUCAUCGAGUGCCACACGUGCGGCGCUCUCUGCUCAGAGUGCAACCGCAUCUUGCACCUGAAGAGAUCGCACCGCAACCAUCAGAGACAGAUAUGCAAAGAGGAAGAAACCACUAUCCGUAUAGAUAUACACGAAGGUUGUGGGCGCGCUAAGCUUUUCUGGUUACUCCUGCUGGUGGAUCGGCGGACAUUAAAAGCUUUGGUGGAGUUCCGUGGCAUCGAAGGCGCGGGGCCUUCGAAUAUGAUUGCAGAAAGUGGCUCGGGGGCCGCUUCGGCCACCGGAGAAGUGGAAGGAGCUAAUCUCGUGGGUGUUUGCCGCUUUUGUGGAGCGCGCGGGUACUCCGGCCUUCUUGCUAUUGGCAAUGUUUGCGCUGACGAACAAUGUCAGGAGCAUGGACGAGUGGCAUGUAACAGAAUACUUCUGUGUGGUCAUGCGUGCGGUGGCGUGCGUGGUGAGGAAAAGUGCCUGCCGUGCCUUGCCGGUUGUCCGGGCUCAGAGAACCUGAAACAGGACGGAGAGGACAUGUGUAUGGUGUGUUUCACCGACCCCCUGCAGGCUGCACCUGCUAUACAGUUGCGGUGCGGCCACGUUUUCCACCUGCACUGCUGUAUGAAAGUACUGGCCAACAAGUGGGUGGGACCACGUAUAACAUUUUCAUUUGCACAAUGUCCAAUUUGCAAGCUCGAUAUGAACCACUGGACACUUGAGGAUAUUCUCAGUCCAAUAAAAAGGCUGUACGCUGAAGUGCGGCGCAAGGCGUUGAUACGGCUCGAGUACGAAGGGCACGGUGCGAGCGGGUCUCGUAGCCGCAAGUACUCUGAUCCCGCCUCGUAUGCCAUGGAGCGAUAUGCAUACUAUGUCUGUCACAAGUGUGAGAGGGCGUACUACGGUGGGCUGGCUCGCUGCGAGGCGGAGAACAAUGGCGCUUGGGAAGCGGCUGAGCUGGUGUGCGGCGCCUGCAGCAACGUCUCCGGGGCGGGCACCUGCCCCAAGCACGCCGCCGACUUCCUGGAGUACAAGUGCCGCUACUGCUGCUCUGUAGCGGUGUUCUUCUGUUUUGGCACCUCACACUUUUGCAACGCGUGUCAUGAUGAUUUUCAACGAGUUACCAAUAUACCGAGACAUCUUUUGCCACAGUGUCCAGCAGGUCCCAAAGGCGAACAGUUGCCUGGCACCUCGGACGAGUGUCCUCUCCACGUGCAGCAUCCGCCGACCGGGGAGGAGUUCGCGCUCGGCUGCGGCGUGUGCCGACAUGCGCAUUCCUUCUAAGCACAUACGGUCGUACGCAACGAUUUUAUACUAUUAGAUAUGUUACGUGCCUACUAAAACACCACUGAGCACAUACGCGCACAAUUUUGUGUUUACUUACGUUAUAUAUUUAUGUAGUAGUAUAGAUUUUUACACUCCCAGAACAUACUACUCGAAAUUGUAAACAAUAUUUUUAGGUAUUAUUUGUUCAAAUAACUAUUGUUGUUUAGUGUGCAACUAAAUGAAAAUAAAGUGUGUGUCAGCUCCGACGCACGAAUGGAGUUUACUCUUUCAGAUCGUCUGUUUAAAGCGAAAGGUGCGCAACCGAGGAGCAGCAUGCAGCGGCGUGCGCGCCCUUCACCGCGUUGAAAGGUGCGCCGAAUAGGUUGCGCACAAAAAACGUAACGCUGUCAUUCGUUCAUCGAAUUUUACUGCUCAUAUUUUAUUCAUACCGGAGGCUAUAUAUGAAAAAUCGAUUCUUAAGGAGUAAACUCCAAGAACUCAGUUUCGAAGCGCCAGUGACAUAUCUAAUAGUAUAAUAAUAAAAUCUUUGGUCCUACGGCGUGGAGGUAACUUUGCGCACCCACCUAUUAUGUAAUCUCUCGAUCUCGAAAUGUCCAUAACAUAGAAUGUAGGCCGGCGUUCAUCUGACGAGCGGCGAAGCUCUAAAACUGUUGUAAAUCCAGGCUAUUAAGUUGAACCAAAACUUUAAAUAAAGUUAAAGAUUUCAUAAAAAACUUAAUUUAAAAAUUAUGUAUUUUUUGUUUCCAAAAGUCAAAACGCUGUCGUCCAUUUUCUGACGUCACAAUGUUACUCGAUGUACUAAACGUCAAACUAAUUGAUAACUUAUAUUUUUGUCAAACGCUCUGUUUAGUAAAAGAUUUGACGUCACAAGGAUUUGUUAUUCAGAUCGCGUUUUGGCUCGUAUUAAAAAAUAUUUAAAAAUUAAAAUUUUCAUGUAAUCACUCGUCUUGAAAAAAUUUUUUUUUUCAAUCUAGUAGAACGAUAAAGAACCACUUAUGAUCAAUUAAAAAAAGUAUCAACUAUUUUUUUGAUAUAAAAAAUUUUGUACACGAUUAUCAACGACAACGUCGUAUGACGCUAACAUCCGAAAAUGUAUUAUUGUGCAUAGUUCAACUUAAAGGCCGCGUGCUAUAGCAGUGUUGGAAUGGGAAUAUAUUAAUUGAUUAAUAUAUUAUAAUAUUAAAUUUUUAUGCUAACAAUUUCGAUGCUAAUUUAAUUGGAAUAAAAGCGGUUGCUUGUCAGAUGAACACCGGUCUUUAAUGUUACCACGGUUCUUGGGCUAUAGUCUGUCGGAUCAGGUUAUUAAAAAAACGUAAAACGGUGAAAUUUAAUCGUUUAAUUUAUUUUGUUUAUAUUUUCAUUUUUAUUAUUUUUAAAUAUUCCACUUUAAUCGCUCAUUAUGCUAUUUUAAACAAGACUCUUUUUUUUUCAUUUAUCUUAAUAAAUAUACAUCUAAAAUUUACGUUUAAUUUUAUGUAAAACCUGACAUUAUGAUGAGUUUGUUAGUUAAAUUAUGUAGUGUUUGUUUGUACUUUUUUUUUUAAUUUUUGUAACAUUCCCGUAAAUGUGAUUUGUGAUUUGUGAUAUUGUGACCAAUGAACCGCAUUUCGACGAGAAUAGAUUGGUGUAAUUCAGGUUACAUCAGUCUAAUUCUUGGAUUUACAAAAUUUACCCCGAAUUGACAAAACGCCAUAAUAUUUUGUGAAUACAGUCUUGCAACUAUGGCCAUUCUGGUGCCUGCAGAAGACUAAGAGUUUAUUGUUUUGGUGUGCGUUAACGUACUCCAAAACUAUGGCUAUUCUGGUGUCUGCAGAAAUCUAGAGUUUAAUGCUUUGGUGUGCUUUAAAGUACUCUAAAAGUUGCAAGGACAAUUUAAUGUUAAUUUUAAUAAAUGUUAAAUGUUGUAUCGAUGUUAAUAUUAACCCUCUGAAAAAUAUUUCGUUUUGGCACAACUAUUCAAGCUUCUGUUCUAAUAAAUAAUAAUUUCACUGAUUUAUUUGAUUAAAUUAAAAUAAUAACUAUUGUUUAUGUACGAUUACAAAAUGAAAAUUAAGAGUAUAUUAAUGAUUUAUAUUGCUAUUACCAAAAAAUGUCAGGGAUUUGUUACAUACCCUUACUGGAAAUACAAAAUACAUUUACCAAAGUUAUGUUCCUAGUUUAAUUAAUUUGUGCAAUACACAUAUUAUAAUUAUUGUGUAACGAAUAUUUAUUCGCUCGGGAUGAUAAAUUUCGACUUUAUAUGUGUAAAUGUUUUUAUAUUAAGUAGUGGUAUUAGUCAGGGAUCCGUAGAACAUUUUGUACAACUGAUUACUAUCAGGUUAACAACCUUUUUUUUUUACAAAAAUUCGUGAUUCUGGUAGCUAUAGCCUGGCAAAAAAGGGUAGAAAUUAAUAGAGGCGCACUACCGCCAAUAUGGCAACACGAAUAAUCGAGAAAAUCGUAAACGUUACCUUUGCAACAUAACCUUCAAAGCCGACAAAAAAAUCACUUUUGACAGCUUAGACACUAAUAACUGACAAUUUGAAUAGUGUUAUAAGAGGGAAAAAAAAUUGUUCAGUUUUUACACUUUUUUGCCAAUCUGUAACUGAGUUAGCCACAGCCACAAUGACCUACAAAUUGCGUGGUACAUUAUCUCGUUCGGUUAGCUGCCAGAACUUUCGUAAAUUAAAAAGUUGAUCGUCUCAUCGAGAUGAAGCUACUCACGAAAAAUUAACUUGAUAGUAAUCAGUUGUAUGAAAUGUUCUACAGAUCCCGGACUAUAUUAUAUAGGCUUGUUACAAUUAUAAUACUACUUUCUUAAUUCCAUUGUGAGCUAACUGGAAUUAUAAUUGAAUGAGCUGUUAAAUAACAUAAUAUAAUUCGAUGUUGUAAUUUUUUUUUCUAUUAAUAAUAAUUAAUUUAUAUUGAUUUUGAAAUUACUUUUGAUUAUGAUUACUUUUGAUUGACUGUGAUUAAUUGAUUAGUAUAAUUUGCACUGUGGUACAGUGACUGAUUUCUUAUAAGGCUUAUUAAUGGCUGAAUAUCCGGGGUUGAUUUACUCAUAAGAAGACCUUUUUUAGGGUUCCGUAGCCAAAUGGUAAAAAAUCGGAACUCUUAUAGAUUGCCAUGUCCGUCUGUCUGUCCGUCCGUAUGUCACAGACACUUUGUUCCGAUACUAUUAGAGAUAUACUGUUGAAACUUGGUGAGUAGAUGUAUUCCGUGAACCGGAUUAGAAAAAAAGUUAUGAUGUAUAACACCAUAAUUCUUUUUUUUAAACCUCCAUAGUUAAAACUGAAACUCAAUUUUUUUUUCAUCAAUCUCAUAUGUAUGAGAUAUCGAUGGAUAGGUCUUCAAAAAUGAUAUUGAAGUUUCCAAUAUCAUUUUGUUCUAACCCCUAUAAAAAUGCUAUGCUAAAGAGACAUUUUCACCUUUAGUUAGAUGAGUAACAUUAAUUGACGGGGUACUGUUUUUUUUUUGAUAUAAUAUUUACAAAUGGGUUAACCACAAAUAAAAAAAAUAUCAGGACACCCAAAAGGAUAUUGCUUUAAAGCCAAUAAAAACUGUACCAAGUGUUUAUACAAUUUGAUUAUAAAUUAUGUAUAGGUAUUUGAUUUUGAAUAAUUUUCUUAUGAUUUUUUUUUUUACAUUAAUUAAUAAAUGAUUUUCAGUGUUUAAUUUGUCUCAUAAUUGUUUACUAAGUCCUAUUUGUAGACCUUACAAUAUAACAUUCAUUUUAGAACUUUCAAGAAAUGAGUUUUGUUGAAAGUUUUAAAUAUUAUUUUGUAAGGUCUGCAAAAAUACUAGUUUAAGUAUAAUAAGAUUAUUUAAUUUUAAACCAGUAAGUUUUCAAAGUGAUUAUUAACAAUGGUUUUGUUAUAUUUGGUUACCAUUUUUAUUUUGUGAUCUAAUGGCAUUUAUUUUAUAAUGAUCAAAUAUAGCUACGAGUUAAAAAAGUGUUUAGUUUUAUAAUUAAAACAUUACACCAUUUUUAACUCGUAAAUAUAUAAAAUCUUAUAUAAUUUAGAAUUUGGAUAACAGUUUUAGUUUGUGAUCUCAUAGCAUUUAUUUUAUAAAAAAAAUAAUUUAAUUAUCUCAUAAUGGUGAUCUCGUUCGUUCGUUUAGUCUAGUUAUUUUUUUUUUAUUUUUCAUUGAGAUGUAAGUACUGCUUACUAGAGAAGCUGUUCCAAACAAAAAUUAUGUUGUUAAAUAAGAACAGUGGGGAAAAGUGUAAAACGUCAGUAAAGUCUACACAUACAAUAAAAAUAUGCAUAUUGUUUUCUUGUGACCAAAACUUGUUUUUCUCAACUUGGUUAUCUGUUCGUUGAUGACACUCCCAUGAUAUGCGGGCGACGGGGGGGAAGACUGCGCGGGUGUGAAUUCGUGCGUGCGGGGAAGUCAGGUGUUUUUCAUUCAUCGCUACACGCCCCCAGGCCCGCGCGGGCCAUCGGGAGUGUUACGAACGAACUUGCCAAGCUAUAGUACGACUAUCAAAGUGCGGCGAUGUCACCGCAAUGCAAGGAUGAGUGGUGUCUUCUCUAGUACGUAGUGCGUAAUACAAUUCAAUGAUUAUUUGAAAAUAUAUUUUAUAAAGAAUAUUUUAUUAAGAUUUAGGUUGUAUAAUAAGACAUUUAUUUUCUAAUUAUUUUCAAGGUUGUGUACACAUUUAUUAUUAUUUUAUAACCACAUUGGAAUAACAUUGUUGUAAAACAUUUAAUGCAAUUUUUUUCUAUUAUAUUCUUGCUUCGUUUAUUCGCUUACUUAGAUACUGCACUUUACUUCCAACUCUGGGUUGAGAAGAAGAAAGAAAAGUUCAGUAUUUAAUACCCAGGUCUCGAAUCAAGAACCUUCUGAUCGAAAACCUCAUAGGCUGACCACUUGGUCAACGACGCGGUUUUUUUUUAAAUUAAUUACUAACAAUAAUGGCGCAGUGGUAUGCGCGGUGGAUUUGCAAGAAGAAGGUCUUGGGUUCGAUUCCCGGCUGGGGCGAUUGAGGUUUUCUUAAUUGGUCCAGUUUUGGCUGGUGAAAGGCUUCGGCUUGCGAUUUAGCGUGCCGAUACGAUGUGUAAAAACCGAAAGAGGUGUGGAUUUCCAUCCAACUAGUAACAAGUUAGCCUGCUUUCAUCUUAGAUUGCAUCAUCACUUACCAUCAGGUGAGUUUGUAGUCAAGGGCUAACUUGUAAAGAAUAAUAUAAAAUUGGAUAUAUUAUUGCAACAAUGUUUAACUCCAAUGAGGCUCCAAUGUUUAUAUAUUAUUUAUAGCAGCUUAACGAUGUUUCAACAAUAAUUAAUAAAACUUGGUGUUGUGUCCUAUGAUACUUAAUCGUAAUAAAUGUCUGCCUAUUCAUUCAGCUCGGAAUACAGAAAAUACUAGAAGCCGCGUUCAGCAGUCAUUAUAAUGCACGCGUUGUUUCCAAUUGUACCCGUAUAGCAUCACACUGUACGGCAUUCACACAGUGACAAUUCGCUUGUUCAAAUGAUGUUAGAAGAAAAAUGAAGUGGCACGUUAAAACUAUGCUAAUUAGCAAACCUGAGCUCACUCGCUGAGUCGCCGCACUGUCAUCGCGCCGUUGACAACGCCACUGAAAUAAUUUACGUGUGCCAGUUGUAAACAUCGAAUGUGGUUUAUGUAAUCUAUGUACCUCUUUUUUUCUUCUAAUAUCAUUGACCAAAAAAGAGUAAUUUAAAUGGCUUCAUACCUAUGCGCGAUCACACCUAGUGGCGUGCACAGGGUAUGCACUAUAUGUACAAUUUGGUUACAAAAUGCUAAAUUCCUUCUCCAUAGCAGGUUAAUAAUGACUACUCAGGGUAAGUAGUGAUUUUUGCAUCUAUGGAGUGCACGCCACUGAUCACACCUUUUGGAGUUUUCUGUAUUCCGAGUCAUUCGGUUACAAUAAAAUGUGUAGGUAUCAAUAAUAUCUCCACUGAGAUGAUUUUGAAAAGGUUGCACAUUGGCAAACAAAGGAUUGAUAAAUACAAUGCUUACACGCAUUAUUAUAUUUAGUGGAAUGAUUUGGAGAAAUUAUUGAAACUGUUAUAGGUUAUAUGAGUUAGAAUAUCGAUGUUGUACUCAAAAAUUGUAAUUGUUGAGAAAUUUCUUGUCGUCCUCUUCGCGAUUGAUGAAACUCAAGUUCUAUCGGAAAAAUUAAACAUGUCUGAUUAUAUAUUUUUUUUUUAUUUUUUGUUGCCAUAUUUUCUUCUGCUAUAUGUCUGAUUGUUAUGAGGAUAAUGUAGUUUUGGCGUGUCUACAUUAUAUUUUAUUGUAUUCACUUGUUUUGAAAUCUAUUUGCUGCUACUUCGCCAUGCACUGCAAUAUCAAAAACUACCUUCCUAAUAUGAAACUAAAUGUAGAUUAGGAACUAUGUAAGAAAUUUGUCAAUAAAGCUUACAAAAAUA